AUGGCGAUCACCAACGCGGCGAUCGAUCCUCCUGCCUAUGGCGCCGUAGCGCCGAACAUGCGUAAGAGGGACGAGCGCGUCGGAGGAGACGAGAAGGCAAGGCCCUUUCCUACAUCAUGCCGAGAGAGUGAAGGAGUAGGCGCAGGUAAAUCCUUUGACUGUCUUCGAGUCUCCAACGUUGAUGGUUGCCGCCUUCAAGCCAUCAUCAUCAGUGGACAUCGCGGGAGCUCGCAGCAGCUUUCGCAGACUGCGAUCGCAAACGCUCCGAGCAAGCAUCAAACGCUCCAAGAGGAAGCUGCCCCUGCCCCUGCCCCCGCACCUGCCGCUCCUGCCGUAGCACCAGCUGACGGCGGCUCUGCAGAAGCGACCGACAAGCCAUCGGGUGGAACUGGAGCAACCUUCAUCGACUCUGUUGAGAAGGCGAUCAAUGAGAAACCGACCGAACAGAACAGCCACUACAUCCCUGGGCACACGGACAAGGUCACCCAUCUCAUGGUGAUUCUCUUCCUCCUGCUCAUUACCGUGACCAUCUACUACAGCUAUCGCUCACAGAAAUAUUUGCGUGAGAACCCCAGACACGAUUUGACCCCGGGAUUCGAGUCCCGUGCCUGA